AUGGAAGGUGGGCCAGCAUGGCGGGAUAGUGACUGCUCCCCAAGGCCGGGCUGCCUGUGCUCUGUGCGGGCUGCCGGGUCAGAACACUGGGAACCUGUCCCACCCGCUCACACCUGCCGCUCCUCUCCUUCCCGUGGCCUCAGCAGAGUCGCCAUCUCCUGGCCCCUCUCAGCAGCCACCCCAUCCUUCCUGAGCGUGGCCAGGUAUGGAGAACUGCACCUCCCACCCCUAGGUGCCAAAAUGAAGCCUAGGGCCAGGGUUCUGAGCUGCGGGGACAGCCCGAGUUUGGCCACGUCUGGUUUCUGGCCCUGGGUCAUCUCACACCAUCCUCCUGCCGCUUCCAACUUGGACUUGACUUCUGGCCCAGGGACCGGGUCUCCGGACCAGGAGUGUGCCCAGAGGCCUGUGUGCCUGGGUCCCUGCCUGGGUGGUUUUCAGCUUAGCUUUGUUGGCUUCCCCCAGGCCCACCCUCUGGCCUCGCAGUACAAGGAAAGUGUGAGCUGGGGGCCUAGCCUAUGGACUGUGUCCUGA